AUGCCGGCCUUAGUAGACAUUCCAGGAGAAGAGUCUAAAGUUCUUAGCUUUUGGGAGAGUAAUGACACAUUUAGGACAUCCCAGAAGCAGUCACAUGGGAAGCCGCGGUUCACGUUCUAUGACGGCCCACCAUUCGCCACAGGCCUUCCGCACUAUGGCCACCUGUUAGCUGGAACAAUUAAGGACAUAGUCACUCGUUAUGCACAUCAAAGAGGGCAUCAUGUUGAACGUCGUUUCGGUUGGGACUGCCAUGGAUUACCUGUGGAGUAUGAAGUCGACAAGGAGCUUGGUAUUACUGGACCAUAUGAUGUAGAGAAAAUGGGAGUAGCCAACUACAAUGAUAAGUGCCGUGCUAUAGUCAUGCGUUACAGUUCCCAAUGGGAGAAAGUCACAAAUCGUCUUGGUCGGUGGAUAGACUUCCAAAAUGAUUACAGGACAAUGUAUCCAUGGUUCAUGGAAUCAGUUUGGUGGGUCUUCAAACAGUUGUAUGAUAAAGGACUGGUGUAUCGUGGUCUGAAAGUUAUGCCAUUUUCCACUGCAUGCUCUACUCCUCUUUCUAAUUUCGAGGCUGGUCAAAAUUACAAAGAUGUUCAGGAUCCAGCUAUUAUUGUUAGUUUCCCACUUGAUAAUGAUCCUGGAACUUCAAUGAUAGCUUGGACAACAACUCCCUGGACACUUGUUAGCAAUCUCGCACUUUGUGUUCAUCCAGAAAAAGAAUAUCUCAAAAUUCUGGAUAUAUCAAAGAAUCGAAAAUUCAUGUUAAUGAAAGCUCGUCUAACAUCAUUGUAUAAACAAGAAAGUGACUACAAAAUACUAGAAACGUUUAAAGGCAAAUCUCUGAAAGACCUGACUUAUCAACCACCGUUUGAUUAUUUCAUACAUCUUAAAAAGGAACGUGGUGCAUUCCGUGUUUUAUGCGAUACCUAUGUGACAGAAGAUGUCGGUACUGGUAUUGUACACCAAGCUCCAUAUUUUGGUGAGGAUGAUUUCCGUGUUUGUCUUGCAAAUGGAGUUGUCGGCAAAGAUACACCAAUGAUUUGUCCUGUCAAUCCAAAUGGUCGAUUUACUGAGGAGAUUAAAGAUUUCGCCGGGAUUUAUCCAUUUUGUUGGAGAUCAGAUACUCCAUUAAUUUAUAAGGCUAUACCAACUUGGUUUAUUCGUGUUGAACAAUUGGUUGACAAGCUAUUGGCUAAUAAUGCCAAGUGUCAAUGGGUGCCAGAUUUUGUCCGUGAAGGUCGUUUCGCUAAUUGGUUACGUGAUGCACGAGAUUGGGCUGUCUCGCGAAAUCGAUAUUGGGGUACACCGAUACCGAUUUGGGCUAGUGAUAAUUUCGAAGAGGUGAUUUGUGUUGGUUCCAUUGAAGAAUUGAAAUUACUCUCCGGUGUAGAAGUGAAAGAUUUACACAAAGAAUUUGUUGAUCCAAUCACUAUACCAUCACCGACUGGACGUGGGGUAUUGCAUCGUAUUACUGAGGUAUUUGACUGUUGGUUCGAGUCUGGCUCUAUGCCAUAUGCUCAGAUUCAUUAUCCAUUUGAGAAUAGAAAUGUUUUCGAUGAAGGUUUUCCAGCGGAUUUUAUUGCUGAAGGUAUUGAUCAGACCCGAGGGUGGUUCUACACUCUACUUGUAUUGUCUACUGCAUUAUUCGAUCAACCACCAUUUCGUAAUCUGAUUGUAAAUGGAAUCGUCUUAGCUGCUGAUGGCCAGAAGAUGAGUAAACGGGCUAAAAAUUAUCCAGAUCCUGUUGAAGUGAUUAACAAACACGGAGCUGAUCCACUACGCUUAUAUCUGAUUAAUUCACCUGUUGUUCGUGCACAGAAUCUACGUUUCAAUGAGUCAGGUGUACAUGAAGUUGUGAAAGAUGUAUUUCUUCCAUGGUGUAAUGCUUUACGCUUUUUAAUUGAGUCUUCCAUUAAUCCAUAUCAAAAGACAACUCAUCAGUCUUUCAUUGUGAAACCAGAUGAAUUCCCGGUGACAAGUAAUUUUAUGGAUCGUUGGAUUUUAUCAUUCACUCAAAGUUUGAUUCUCUUUGUGCAUGAAGAACUUGCAGGUUAUCGUUUGUACACAGUUGUGCCUCGUUUAGUCAAGUUUAUUGAUCAUCUCGUCAACUGGUAUGUUCGAAUGAAUCGUAAACGUUUGAAGGGAGAUGCUGUUGAUGAUCAAAAUGAUUGGAAGGCUGCAUUACACACUUUACUCAAAGUGCUCUAUCAAAUGACCUGUCUAAUGUCACCAUUUACACCAUUUAUGACAGAGUUUAUUUAUCAAUAUCUGAAAGGUUAUCUGGAUUAUACUGACAAUCUGAAAGAUCGUGCUUCUCUUUUACCUGGUUACUCGCCUGAAACUGGUGCUCCACACUCAGUCCACUACCUACAAGCACCUGAACCAAAAGUUGAAUUGAUCUCACAGGAGAUUGAAGAGAUUGUCUCCUGGAUGCAAUCAACUGUUGAGCUAGGUCGUAUCAUACGUACCCGAUGUAAUCUCCCACUGAAAGCACCAUUACGUGAAGCAAUAGUUAUUCAUUCUGAUCCAGGUGUUUUAAAACUUGUAAAAUCUGCACAAACUUAUAUUAUUGAAGAAUUGAAUGUUCGCCUGUUAACCACAACAAGUGAUAAACAUCGUUAUGGUGUUCAAUUGCGUGGUGUAUUAAAUCAUAAAACGUUGGGUGUACGCCUUAAGAACGAUUACAAAGCUGUUGUAAAUGCCGUAAAAGAAAUGUCAACUGAAGAAUUAGAAAAGUUUGUACACACUGGCCAUCUGAUUGUUUGUGGACAUGAAUUAUCCGGUGAUGAUUUGUCAGUGGUGUAUACAACUGGUAGCGACGCCAGUUCAUCGGCAGCUGGUACAAAACGUAAAGCAGAACAGACUACUGGGAACAAUAAUACUAGUAGUCAACAAAGCUUGUCAAAGUAUGAAACUGCAUCCGAUGCCAGAGGUCUCUUAGUGAUACUCGAUACAACACCAGAUCCUGAGCUAGAAAAUGAACGAUUAGCCAGGGAACUUGUUAAUCGUAUACAAAGAACACGUAAAAAGGCUGAACUGGUUCCUGAAGAUCCAAUUGUAAUUGUAGCUGCCACUGAUUUAGACGCUUAUUACAAUGUAGCUGGUCCCAAUGGCAGUUAUGUUAAUUUCAUCCAAUCAACUAUUAAACAACCUUUAGCUGUAAUGAAAGAAAAUUUGGACAAGAGUAAUGCAAAUAACAGUGUGGAGAUUAUGAAACAUGCUAGUAGUGUUCUACCGAAUGGUUGGCAAUUGGCUAAAGAAAUUAUCCGGGAAACAGUAUCGGUUGACUUGGAUUCGUGUUCUACUCCAACUAUUUCUGUCUGAUGACGAUGGGAUAGUGUUGUCCGGCAUAAAACAUCAAAAAUAAAACAUUUAAGCGAACCCAGUUUCGAACCCAAGACCUUCCGGUUAUAAGGCAAGCUAGCUUGUAUACUAUUCAACCAAUGGGGGUCCGAAACUUGAAACUUUCUUCUAUUUUGCUUGCAUUUCAAAUGAACCUUGGGUUUUUCUGAAGUUUCAAUAGCUGCGGUAUUUUUUCUUCAUAUGGAGUGGGUUACUAGCCUCACACUCAUGCUUCCUUCAUUCUUGGAUUUACUGUGGGCUAGGCGAGGUUAAUGUGGAUGUUGACAUCAGCCGGGAACUGAAUCCAAACCUUCUGCUUCGUUAGCGAGUAACCUGCUCGAAAUUAUAUUGGUUAUACAAGAAUGUUAAUGCCAUAUGUUAACUGUUGGAUUGAUCGCAGAGAAAACAUUAUAAAUCGUCCAGUACUCCCAGGUUUUCCAAUGUCAAACCUGUAAAAAAAAUCAAUAAACGUUGCUACCUCAUGGCGCUAUCCAAUAAAAUUAUAGUUUAUGAAAUUGAAAUCAACUCUGUGAGAUGCA